AUGGACGCAUUCAUCCAUCCUACUAGGCGGUCGACAAUCAGCACCUACAGCAAGAUGUUCCCAACCCUUCCGUGCAACAGCCAGCCCGGCGCGAAGACAACUCAGUCAAGGCAGAUCACUCUCUCGCCCGUCGGUGCAAAAGGUUUAGCUCGUCACAUCACCAUCUAUGCCGGCCUACACCAAACAAUUGGUCGUGCCUCCCGCUCGGAUUCCAAGUACUCCGGCCCAUCAGCGAACAACACCCUCUUUGAGUGCCCCGUCGUCUCCCGUCAGCAUGCUGAAUUGCGCUACAACCCGUUCAGGCCGGUAGACCAGCAAGUGACGAUCAUCGACAAGGAUAGCAUGCAUGGCACGUAUGUCAACGAUGAGCGCCUCGAUGCACAUUCACCUUGCCCGCUUCGCUCGGGUGACUUGAUCCGCUUCGGUGAUAAGGUGGUCCGUGCUCAUGACAUCCACGAAGGCGUCGUUGUGCGUUUCGAAAUAUCCGACAACUCGGCAUUUGCGUCGACCAGCCAAUCCGCAAGUCAAGUCAAGAGCAAAGGCCGAGGCUAUACUGUUCCAUCUGAUGAUGGUAGUGAUGUCUCGUCCGAUGACGAUCUGUCUAUUGAGGACUACAUGAGGAUUCGUCCGCUCACUCCGCCCAUUAAGAGCCAGUCACACAAUAAGCCUGGCUCGCAAAACGAGCCCAUCGACCUGGAGGCCCCUGGCGCGCCAACAGCUGUCAUCGAGCUCGAUGACGACGAUGAUCACGAAGCUAGAACGGGUGCUGUCGAUCCUCUCACUACUGCGGCGAGGCAACCGAACCAUUCGGCGGACGUCAUUUGGCCAUCUGCGAGCCAGUCCACCACCAAGGCCGGAGCUGAGAAUGUGGCGUCCCAGCUCAAGAUCGUCAAGGACACCUACGCGGAUGACGACGAUCACGCUGAGAGUGUUUGCAAGCACAAUACCGGGCUUCGCCAGAUCCUCAACCAUCAAUCUCCAGCCACAGCUGACGGCGGGGAUGAUCAUGACGACGCUCCGAUACUGAAGAAGGGAGAAGGCACUGCGGAUGAUGGCGAUGCGAACAGCAUCGUGUUGUUCGAUCAUGGUCUGACAGCAGACGGAGAACUCUCACCAAGUGAGGCAUCGGAUGACUCCCACGAUAUUUCUGAGGACGAGGACGAGGAAGACGAUGACCGCCCCGAAGCGCGGCCAUCUCACCGCAGACCGUCGACUGAGCUCGGCUCACCUGCACCGUCAGUGUUUGAAGAUUCCGCUGCAGUCGACGCCUAUCAUGGCUUCGGCUCGCCUUUCGCAAGUAAGCAGGUCCAGCGCGUAGCAGAGGAAGUAAUCGUGCCAAGAAUUAAGGUAGACGACAUCGACAGCGAGCACUGGGCUUCCAAGCCGCAAUCAGGGUCGCACAAGCCGGCCACGAAAGCGCAGACUUGGUCGCUGCCCCAUUUUAGCGGUCCACUACCCUUCAGCACUGCGCCGUCUCAGCCACGCUACGACCCUGUGCGCGCCUCACUCUAUACGACCAGUCCACCGCCACAAAUGCAUCAACCACGUGCGCCAGCGAGUGCAAGCACCGAGCUGCCGAGGAACAGUCGCUGGGACGUACCGGCGCAAACAGUCACUAAUUACUCUGACCCACACUACUCGCCCUUGGGUUGUGUUCCACUGCCGAGCGACGUCAACCAACCUCUGCAGACCUUCGGUUACGGUCAGCCUCCCCAGUAUUCCUACAGUUCUGACGUGAGCCGGCCACCGUACGUAAACAAGGCUUACCUCACGGAAGGACUGCAAGACAGUUGGAAUCGUUCCGAGUUGGCUCCGCUUCAGAGCUCGCCCUCCGCCAAUUGCAUCCCCACUUUCUCCGCCAGAAACCCCAUGGCACACGCUGAUGCACUCUCAAGCUCGCCGGCAGCACAUGCAUCCAUCCGAAUGCACUCUUCGAACGCUACGGAGGCACCGGUCAAUGAGAUCUCCGGCGAUCUAGAUGCUGAAGAUCGGCCAACUCUCUCGCAGGGCAGCAGUCUUCUUGUCAAGCUGGCUACGCUGAAGACGACUGCGGGCACUAAGCGCAAGGCUGCCGAGAUAUCUGGUAACGGCAUCGAGAACGUUACCGAAUCGCAGUGGGAAGACUUGUACCAGACUUUCACCAGGGGCUAUACAGCGGCCCAAGCAUUCGCAUCGAAGCAAGAUCCCAUCGACAUAGCUCGAGCGACAGUCGCUAGCAGGCAGGAGGAGCGCGCGGCUCUGAGAAGUGCAAUAAUGACCUGGCCUGUAAGGAGGCGCAAACUCCUGAACGGUGUCGCCAAGGUUGUCGGAGGAGUUGUCGGUGGCGCUGCGGUGGGCAGUGCGGCUACGGUGGCUUUCUUGACCAGUCCGUAUGCGCAGCAGUUGAUUGAGUGGUUAGGUUGA